AUGGGGGUGCAGUACCUGUCGUGGAGCUACGACCAGAUGGGCGUUGUUGCCACUUUGGAGUUAGCUGAGGAAACUGAAAACACAACAGCAUGGCAGCGAUUCCUCCCAACUGGUCCCGUGGCGUUGUUGCCCCUCAACUCCAGACAGAGCUCCCUUGUAUGGUCCACCAACGUGGAACACGCCAAGCAGUUGCUACAGCUGCCUGAGGAACAGUUCGUCGAUGCGCUGAACGAUGCCUUGAGCUCGCUCGUGUGGUCCACCAACGUGGAACACGCCAAGCAGUUGCUACAGCUGCCUGAGGAACAGUUCGUCGAUGCGCUGAACGAUGCCUUGAGCUCGCUCGUGUGGUCCACCAACGUGGAACACGCCAAGCAGUUGCUACAGCUGCCUGAGGAACAGUUCGUCGAUGCGCUGAACGAUGCCUUGGUAAAUACUCUACAUCAACAGAGCUCGCUCGUGUGGUCCACCAACGUGGAACACGCCAAGCAGUUGCUACAGCUGCCUGAGGAACAGUUCGUCGAUGCGCUGAACGAUGCCUUGAGCUCGCUCGUGUGGUCCACCAACGUGGAACACGCCAAGCAGUUGCUACAGCUGCCUGAGGAACAGUUCGUCGAUGCGCUGAACGAUGCCUUGACAGAGCUCGCUCUAACUGGUGCUGUGGCGUUAUCCCUCAAACCCAGACAGAGCUCGCUCGUGUGGUCCACCAACGUGGAACACGCCAAGCAGUUGCUACAGCUGCCUGAGGAACAGUUCGUCGAUGCACUGAACGAUGCCUUGUGGAAGCAAUACCCCCGCAGCGGCACUGUGGACACCAUGACAUCCUGGCUAAGCUCAUGCCUGAAGAACCUGGGUCUCCCGGACGGCACAGCCCGGCAAUUGCCUCCUUCAGUUCGUGAGAUCGCGCCUAAAUCGCGAGCCGCCUUUCCUCUAGGGUUUGGGCACAGCACUCGGUACAUUGCUCCGGGCGUAGCGCUAAUAGGAGACGUAGCGCACCGCGUGCACCCGCUGGCGGGGCAGGGCGUCAACCUCGGCUUCGGCGACGUUAGAGACCUCACGGCUUUCCUCUCCGAUGCCAUCUACACUGGACUAGAUUUAUGUGACAACUCGUGGCUGGAGAAGUACGAGACGUCCCGCCAACGUCACAACGUGCCGACCCAGCUGGCAGUGGACGCGCUGCACCGGCUGUACAGCGCGGAGCUGCCGCCGCUCGUGCUGGCGCGCAGCCUCGGCCUGCAGCUCACCAACGCGCUGCGCCCCGUCAAGCUGGCAGUGGACGCGCUGCACCGGCUGUACAGCGCGGAGCUGCCGCCGCUCGUGCUGGCGCGCAGCCUCGGCCUGCAGCUCACCAACGCGCUGCGCCCCGUCAAGCUGGCAGUGGACGCGCUGCACCGGCUGUACAGCGCGGAGCUGCCGCCGCUCGUGCUGGCGCGCAGCCUCGGCCUGCAGCUCACCAACGCGCUGCGCCCCGUCAAGCUGGCAGUGGACGCGCUGCACCGGCUGUACAGCGCGGAGCUGCCGCCGCUCGUGCUGGCGCGCAGCCUCGGCCUGCAGCUCACCAACGCGCUGCGCCCCGUCAAGGUACACUCGACUGUCAACAUGGUGACAACUCCUGGCUAG